UGUAAAACUAGUUUUUUUUUAACAUGCAUACAUUAUGCUUGUGACAUAUAAAAAGCCAGCUCAUUCAUGUCACAUAUGUGUUAAAGUGUGUGAUGAUAUAGAUGUGUGUGCAUUAAGAUGAGGAUCGCGAGUGUUUUUGUUUUGAUUGGUUUAGUAACAGCGGGCAAAGCUGCCGUAUGUCCAGUCUGUACCAACUGGCACGAUCAUCAGACAUGCACGGAAAUUGCCGAGUGCCACCAACAUCACGAUGUAUGCGAAUUGAUCAUUCACUUGAGAGAUUUGAACAGGAUUGAACUGACAUGCCGUAAUGCCAAUGCAUGUUUUCACCAAGAACUACAGGACUGUGACGUCCACCACCACGAGCGCUGCUCAUUCUGUUGUGUCGGCGAGACAGGCGCAUGCGCACUCCAACUGGAUCUGCUCUUUACAACUUUGUUAGUACCUGGGGGAGGCGCCUUGAAUACAACGACUACGCAUGCGACAACGACACAUAUUGUACCAACAACAACACCUACGCCAACAACGACAACCACUCACCCAACGACAACUACUCACCCAACGACAACCACACACCCAACUACUACCACACACUCAACUACAACCACACACCCAACUACAACCACACAUCCAACCACAACAACAACCACACGGCCAACAACAACCACACAUCCAACUACUACCACACAUUCAACCACAACCACACACCCAACCACAACCACACACCCAACCACAACUACACAUCCAACUACUACCACACACCCAACUACAACUACCACACGCCCAACGACAACUACACACCCAACCACAACUACACACCCAACCACAACCACACACCCAACUACAACUACCACACGCCCUACGACAACCACACACCCAACCACAACCACACACCCUACCACAACUACACACCCAACCACAACCACACACCCAACUACAACUACCACACGUCCUACGACAACCACACACCCAACCACAACUACACAUCCAACUACAACUACCACACGCCCAACUACAACUACCACACGCCCAACCACAACCACACACCCAACUACAACUACCACACGUCCUACGACAACCACACACCCAACCACAACUACACACCCAACCACAACUACACAUCCAACUACAACUACCACACGCCCAACUACAACUACCACACGCCCAACCACAACCACACACCCAACUACAACAACCACACGCCCAACUACAACUACCACACGCCCAACCACAACCACACACCCAACUACAACAACCACACCGACUACCACAACGACACCUUUACAACCCAACUACUGCAUCCAGUGCAACGUCAGUGAGCCGUGUGACGCCUACACCGUUCAGGUCACCCCACCCCGCCAGUGUGACGCCAGCCAUCCCUACUGCUUCACCACCAUCGUCCAGAACAGCGAGGUCAAGGACAUCUACAAAGGGUGCGCAGACGAGCAUUUUUGCCAGACUCGCUGGCUAGGCUCCACUCAGCACAAACCUCUGUGCUUUGAGAACGACUACACCGGGCUGGUUCUAGACGACUGCACCUUCUGCUGCCGUGGCAUCGGCUGCAACCUUCCCGUCAAGCCCUACGACCCGUCCCUGAUUCACGUCUUCCCUUGAUUAAAUAUGAAUUUUAUUAGCAGACUC